AUGAAAUGGCUUGGCUAUAUAAAAAAUGGUUUGGUCGAUGAUUUAAAAUUAUCCAUUAAAAUUACCACGCAAUAUUAGCGAUUCUUAAAAAAAUUAGUCAGUAAUAAUUCAAAUAGAGAAAGUUGUCUGAAGAUGAUAUGA